UGGGCAGGGCAGGGCAGGGCUGCGCUGCGCUGGCUGCGCUCCCGGUAGCUUCUUGGCUUCUGGCCGGGCCGGGCUCGGGCUCGGGCUCUCGCUCGCUCCCUAGCUCACUCGCUUGUUCGGCGGCGGGGCUGGGCUCCGGGCUGCGGGGCGGUGCCGGGACAGGAAGCGGAAAGCAGCAGCGGAGCGGCAGCGGCGGGGCUGCGCGGAGCCUCUGCACGGAGCCCAGCGCAGGCCGCAGAGCCGGGGGUCUGCAGGGCGCCGAGACCCCGCGCUGGGGGCGUCCGCACCCGCCGGGACCCAGGUGGAUGUUGCAAGCUAAAGUACCUCUUUCUUGGCCUUUUUCCCAGUGGAGGAGUUGAAGACCACUACCCCAAUUCCCAGGCUUCUCCCUUUGGUGAAAAGCUCUCAAUAGCUGGUGGUCCUUUUCUCCCAAGAAAAGCCAAUACCUGCCCCUUCCCCAAGGGCAAGGUGCCCUCUGCUAUGGAUACCGAAUCGACAUACUCUGGAUAUUCUUACUAUUCAAGUCACUCCAAGAAAUCUCACAGACAGGGGGAGAGAAAUAGAGAGAGACACAAAUCCCCCCGAAGUAAAGAUGGCAACCGUUCAGAAAAAUCUGUCACCAUUCAGGCUCCUCCAGCAGAACCUCUGCUGGGGAAUGAUUCUACUCGGGCCGAGGAAGUACAGGAUGACAACUGGGGAGAAACCACCACCGCCAUCACUGGCACUUCGGAACAUAGCAUCUCCCAGGAGGACAUUGCUAGAAUCAGCAAGGACAUGGAGGAUAGCGUUGGACUGGAUUGCAAACGCUACCUUGGCCUGACAGUGGCAGCGGUCCUGGGUCUUCUUGUUUUCCUCACCCCUAUUGCCUUCAUUCUCUUACCCCCAAUUCUAUGGAGGGAUGAGCUGGAACCAUGUGGCACAAUAUGUGAGGGGCUCUUCAUCUCGGUGGCGUUUAAGCUCCUAAUCCUUCUCAUCGGGACCUGGGCCCUCUUUUUCCGUCAUCAAAGAGUGGAAAUGCCCCGGAUCUUUGUAUUCCGGGCCCUCUUACUGGUCCUUAUAUUUCUGUUUGUGGUUUCCUAUUGGCUUUUCUAUGGUGUCCGCAUCCUGGACUCAAGGGACCGAAAUUACCAGGGCAUCGUGCAAUAUGCAGUCUCCCUCGUGGAUGCUCUUCUCUUCAUCCAUUACCUAGCAAUUGUACUACUAGAAAUCCGGCAGCUACAACCCAUGUUCACGCUGAAAGUUGUCCGGUCGACUGAUGGCGAGUCACGAUUUUAUAGUCUGGGAAACUUGAGCAUACAGCGAGCAGCAUUGGUAGUUCUGGAAAAUUACUACAAAGAUUUCACCAUCUAUAAUCCAACCCUCUUAACAGCCUCCAAAUCUCGAGCAGCUAAGCACAUGGCUGGCCUAAAAGUCUACAAUGUAGAUGGCCCAGGGAACAAUGCUGCUGGACAGUCUAGGGCCAUGAUAGCUGCAGCUGCUCGACGCAGAGACUCCAGCCACAAUGAACUAUAUUAUGAAGAGGCAGAACAUGAACGUCGAGUAAAGAAACGGAAAGCCAGGCUGGUGGUUGCUGUGGAGGAAGCCUUUGUCCACAUCCGCCGCCUCCAGGAAGAAGAACAACAGAAGGUCCCUGGAGAAGUGAUGGACCCCAGAGAGGCAGCCCAAGCCAUCUUCCCUUCCAUGGCCAGGGCUCUGCAGAAGUACCUGCGUACCACCCGGCAGCAGCAUUAUCACACCAUGGAGAGCAUCCUGCAGCAUCUUUCCUUCUGCAUCACCAACAACAUGACCCCCAAGGCUUUCCUAGAACGUUACCUCAAUGCGGGUCCAACCCUGCAGUAUGAAAAGGAUCGAUGGUUCUCCAAGCAGUGGACACUCGUUAGUGAAGAAGCUGUUACAAAUGGACUAAGGGAUGGAGCUGUUUUUGUUCUUAAGUGCUUGGACUUCAGCCUUGUAAUUAAUGUGAAGAAAAUCCCAUUCAUCGUGCUUUCUGAAGAGUUCGUAGACCCCAAAUCUCAUAAAUUUGUCCUUCGCUUACAAUCCGAGACAUCAGUUUAAAGGUUUUAUAUUUGUUGCUUUUAAAUAUAUAUAUAUAUAUUAUAUUGUGGGAUUUUUCUCUGGUUUUGGUUUACUCCGAUGCUGACUGAAACUGGCAGAUGACAGACCAGUAUUCUUUGACCAUCUGCACUUUAUUUGGAAGAAGGUAGGGGACGCUUGUCCUGAAGAGUGACCACAAGAGGCAUGGCUACAGUAGUUGACCCUCCUACAGAAGCCUUCUCACUUUUUGCCAGAGUCUUAUAGAUAGCUGUAAACCAAAUUGGAGUUGGCGUGUUCAUGGGAACCUUGCCUUAUAGCAGCUAGUCCUCUGUCUCAGUGUCAUUCAGUUCCACCUCCCCCCAUCCUCCACCUUGUUCUCUCCACAUUCCGUCUGUCUGUCCGCCCUACUGGGUCCACUUCCUGUUCCCACAGGUUCCUAGAGAAUUGCCUCUCUUCAUAGUUAACGCUCCUGGUGUAUGGACAACCGUUCACACUAGGAACAAAGUGACCCUGACUGGCCCAGGAAAGACAAGAAGUUUGUCUGCCCAGCCUGUAUUGUGUAUAAAGGUCUAGCACUGCUUCGCCAUCGUGGGCCAUUGGCCAUUACAGAAAAUGCCUUUCUUUUUUUCAUCUUUGCUGCCUUCAGAUCCUUCAGAGAAAUCACAGUGAAAAUGUGCACUAUCAAAUUGUGGUUCUUGCAUUGUUUGAACCCUCCCUCUCCUCCCCCAGCCUCAUCCCCACCUCUCACUCCCCAAAGAUUUUGCUCUGUUUGUCUUACUUAGUCCUGCUCCCAUCCUGUUUGGGAGCAGCCCUUGUCCAUGGCUGUUGUUGCUGGCUCUUCUUCUUAGAGAUGGGAGGACUAAAUAAAAACAAAGCCCCAGCUUUUCAGUAAGAGCCUCCAUGACUACUCUUCACUUGCACCCAUUGUAGAUUUGCACAGACUCAUAAUAGCUACUUAGAAGAUGCACACCUAAAUCUCCCUGCAUCCCUCCUUCUUCUGAGAUUGGCCACCAACAAGAGAGAACUCCAUCCAGAUUCAGCAAGCAAUUAUAAAGCGUGCCAGGGACAUAGACUAUAAAAAACUGUGGUUUAGAGAUAGGCAGGUAUGACUGAGUGUCAUCCAGCUUUGUGAAACAGAGAGAAGGAAGGGAGGAAGGAAGGGAGGAAGGAAGGAAGGAAGGAAGGAAGGAAGGAAGGAAGGAAGGAAGGAAGGAAGGAAGGAAGGAAGGAAGGAAGGAAGGGAGGGAGGGAGGGAUGGAGGGAGGGAGGAAGGGAGGGAGGAAGGGAGGAAGGGAAGGAGGAAGGAAGGAAGGGAGGAAGGGAAGGAGGAAGGGAGGGAGGAAAAGUUAUAAUAAAAAUCCUCACAAAGAAGGAAGGGAAGAAGAGAGGAAGGAAGGAAGGAAGGAAGGAAGGAAGGAAGGAAGGAAGGAAGGAAGGAAGGAAUCCUUCAAGGUUGCCCUACAAAAAAAGAUCAAAUUAUAUCCACUAUAAUGGCAGCUAACUACAUCCAAUUCCUGUUUAUUUUCUGACCAUCUUCACUGUGUGGCUUUUUGCCUCUAAAAUACUACAAGGGAGAAAAGGAGCUAUUUUGAUACCUUUUAGGGUCUUUAUUUCUUUGGUGGGAGGGAUGAGAGGGAACUCAGAAAGGGCUCAAGUGAAUCAGAAUUAGUUGGUUACAUAUAACUUAUUUUAAAGGGGCUCAUUUCCCAGCUCUAUGUCUGGGGGGUGGGGAGCUCACUCUAGCUGAUCACCAGCCAUGGUGGAAUAAGAAGCUGGACCCUGCCAAAGAACCAAUGGGGAUGCCAACCUAUUCAACACUGUCUCUCUAGCAGGGCCAUCUUGGAGCAGUCUUUUGCCUCCAGCUCCUAUGUUUCCACCACAAACUUUAAAAAUUUUAUUUUAAAGACUUCAGUAUUGCUUCACAGCCAGGUCAUCUGCUGCAUCAUGUUGUCUGAGAUGUUUUCAUUGUCCAGCAUGCAUUGGUUUUAAGAACACUGUUUUGUAAGUUUUUAUGAUUGUUCAGUACUUUGUGUAUCCUUAAAAACAAUGUCUUUGGAAGUUUAUGUGAUAUCUGUUACUGAAAAUUAGCCUAUGCUCUUGGGUCGACAGUGUUCUAAUUCUGCAGCAAAAUGGGUAGGGAGGAAGGGGGAUUCCUUGGGGCUUGGCCCCGUGCCAGAAUCCACUGUUCAGCUCCUAGGACCAUCCCCUCUGCUCAUGGAAAUACAUAUCAUUUAACUGUGGUGCUGCUCUCCUUUGGGAUUUUGCCUUCAAGGUCCCCUCAGAACUGGAAGUUGCUUCAAAUGCUCAGUCACCUUCUCAGGAAAUAGAUUUGGAGUGUGGCAAUGUGAUCUUGGUACAUAAAGGUGUGUUCCAGUACUAAGUGCAGAAUAAAUGGGCAGCUGCUGGAUAGGAAACCUCUUUUUAAAGGAUCCUUUAGGUGGCACCUAGGUAGCUUUGUGAAUCAAGAGCCAGGCUUAGAGACGGGAGGUCCUGGGUUCAAAUCAGUAUUGAUUCUAAGAUGGAGAGUAAGAGUUUUUAAAAAAAUAAAUAAAGGGUCCUUUAAGAGGAUGCUUGUGAGAUAAAAAUUCUGGUCUUUAAAAAGAACUCCUUUGUGUUACUAGUCAGCCUUUCCAUUGCUAACUUCUGGAAGGAGUUAACUUGGCCUUGCUCUCUGCCCACUAUAUUUGUAAUUUCUCCAUUGAAUUUCUCCAACUUUGGGAUAGUGGCAGGUGAGUUUGUUUUCAUUCUUUGCAGAAGCCCUACCUACCAUCUGUGCAUUCCUGGCGCUAUUGGAAAGGCUGAAAAAUGGAGAAACUCAUUUUCCGUUUGAACCCAGACCCUACAUGGGAAAUCAUUUGGUUUUCUAAAGAGUCACUUUAAAAAAUUGAGCUGGGAUUUUGAGGAUAAACUUGGGUUGAGUUUCUCAUGGAUAUGAAAAAGUAAAGUCCUUUUGCUCUAUAUUUGAUACUAUAUUUAUAACUCUUAGGAUUUAGGGAAUGGAUUCAAUGGAAGCAAUUGGCAUACAGUAUUCUGAAACAAACUUGCUAAAGCAAUAUAGCUAGUAAGUUUUCUCAGUAUAUCCUUCUGUUAGGUAACCUGUGACAAAUGAAAAAAAAAUUUCCUAGGAAAAAAUAUAUUUAUUAGAAGCAUAAGGAACAUGCAGAUCAGCAAAAAGGGACUAUAGAUUGCCUUUAAAUGCUAUUUUUAGUCUGUUUCUUCUAUACCCACUAACUAGUUUUCAAGUUUACAAAGUAGAAAUGCACAAACCACUCAGACUUUAUAAAGACUAUGCCACGUACCUCUGAUUUUUCCUAGUGAUUUAUCAAGGGAAAACUCCAAAUCAAAUGUGUCUUUAGCAUACCAGUCAUGAUAUGGCAUACCUCGUAAGCACCAGCCCAUGUUUUGAGUAUUUCCAGCCUUACCUUGUUUUUUAAAGUCCUUAAUAUUAACCUGGACACCCAAAUCCUUAUUUGCAUUUUAGAAACCAAGGACUGAGCUCAAGAGAAAUCCUUCACAGUUACAUUAUCUAAACCAUCCUCCUCAUUCUUUGAAAAAAAGAGACCCAAGAGUCUUGCCCAAGGUCACAACUAGCAGCCAGUGGGAGAGGUGAGAUUAGAACUCAAACCUUCUUACAGUCAAGAAUUCUUUCCACUGUACCUGUUAGCUCAAAUUGAAAAUUGGAGCUUUGUUGAUCAGUCUCCCAACUCCUGUUACCAAUUUAAUCUCUUCUCUCCCAUUUUCUCUGAUCUGUAUAUAAACCACAUCCAUUCAUAAUGUAUGGCAUGGGGAUGUCUACAAUCUCUGGUAUGACUAGAAUUUUAUUGUAUUGAGUUUUGCUGACUAUUGGCUUCUGUUUGAGAAUCCUUUUUGUUAUACAGAAAUAUGGUAUUUAUUAUUACAUGAUUGGGCCACUAUCCAUCUGUGUGUUCUUUCAUGAAAGGGAAAUGUACUUAUUUCUAUCCACCCAUGGAUUCCUGAGUAUAUGUGUACGUCUGUCUCCAUGUCAUUUUUGUAGGUCUGUCCUGGUGUACAAAUUUAUUAUCAUACAUGUCUACCCUUUGGCUACAAACUGAAUGAAUGUCUUCGCCCCUUGGGGAUGGCCCCCCCCUGGAUGAAAGGGUCCCCCCUGGCACACGGCACUUAGUUAUAACCCAGGCGGGAUAGUAGAUAGGACUUCAGAAUAGGAGUAUGCUUGUGUUUGGAUAUCUGUGUCUGCUUGGGUGUCUGUAUUCCUGUCUGGGUUUCUGAUGUAUCUGUGAAAGGCAGCACAGACAUUUAUAGCUGUGGGAUAUGGGUGGGAAUAUGUUUGUGUGGGUAAGAAUGCCUGGAUCCCUAUUUGUAACUUCAUUUGUGUGUUUUAUGUAUCCUCUCAGUUGUUUUCCAGCUAAACUUGGAGAAAUACUUACAAGUCACUUAAUGAUUUUGUUUUAAAAAUAAGGCCUCCCUACUUUCUUGCCACUUAUUUCUUCCUCCUCCUCCUCCUCCUCUUCCUCCUUUUCCAUUUUCCAGUACUUGAAGCCUAGACACAAUGGUUUCUCCCUAGUAAUUCCAAUGUAGGAUAGGAAUCCACUUACCAAGGGCCAAUUUGGAGCCAGUAAAAUUAGCUGCAUGUAGAAUAUUUCUAGAUGAAUGAGACUAACAAAAUGAAUAUUAGCGAAACAUAACAGAGACCAAAUCCCAUCACAAGAAUCACUUUUAUUGCACAAUAUUCACUACAUUGGAGCCUCCUAGUCUUUCCCCCUAAAACGUGAGUUUGGCGACCCGUCCUAAAAUUGGUUAAACCUGUCCUAAAUCAAUUAUUAUUGGAAGUGCCAAGGAAAUAGCACAUUUUGUAACUUACAACAGAGCCCUGAAUCAUGGACUCUGAAGACUGCCGAAUGAGGCUGUGGUCCAUGGUUCUAGUUCUUGGAACAUCCAGUACUCUUCUCUUCCCAAAAUUAUGAUGAGCAAGUCAAAUGUGUAGCAGAAUGACAAAGAAAAAGGGACCUUUGAAUCCUGUCUCUCGCACUUUCUUCCAGUGUGACAUUGGACAGGUGAUCUUCUAUGAGCCUCAGUUUCCUCAUCUUUAAGAUCAGAUAGCCCAUGAGGAACCUGAAAUCCAAUAGCCUCUUUAUUAGUAUUAGUACAGUUAUACAACAAAAUCCCAUUGUGAUGCUAGCCAAUGUUUCUCUGGUGCUUUAAGAUUUGCAAAGUACUUUAUGAAUAUAACUGUGAGGAAAUAAUCACCAGUUGAAAGACUUAUCAGAUGAAAGAUUUGUAAGCUUAUUAUAAUGAGCCUGGCCUCUCUAAGGCACUUGAAAGUUGGAUAUGGACAAUAAUAUUAAUAAUAUAUAAUAUAAUAAUAAAUAAUAUUAAUAAAAUAAUAGCUAGCAUUUAUAUAGCUCUUUAAGGUUCACAGAGCACUUUUUCAAAUAUUUCAUUUGAUCCUUACAACAGAUCCAGGAGUUAGGUGUUAUUAUCCCUAUUUUACAAAUGAAGAAACUGAGGCUCAAAGAGGUUGAUUGAUUUGCCUACCAUCACACAGCUAAGUGUCUGUGGCUGGAUUUGAACUUGGGUCUCCCUGACUCCAAGCAUAUGGGUGGAAAACAGAGGUCACAAUUUUGAGUUCCUCCUCGAAAGAAUUUCUCAAUGCUCUUUGGCCACAAUGAACCUGGACACAAUGAACUCUGUGCCUCAAACACCUGAUAACAGGGCUGCCCUACCUCCUCCCUCUUCUUAGGUGGGAAGAGCCUCUCUUUUAGGUCUCUGGCAUUAGCCUGGAACCUUUCAGCAUCCCAGGCUACUUCUGGCUGCAGUGCUGUUUGGUGAAUCCUCUCUGCCAUAUCUUGGAAGUGGAUAAAUUAAAUGUGGGGGAUUGAGCUGCCUGGGGAAAACUCAGGAAUGUAGCUCUGCCUUCUGCAUCUCCUAAAGACCACACUGUGGGAAUGAAAAGGCAUUGAGAUCUGGAAGGGACUUUAGAGACUAUUGAGUUCAACCCUUCUUCAUUUCAUAGAUCAAAGCAUAGAAAAGCUGUGACCCACCCAGGGUCAUAUAGCCAGUAAUGACAUAAGCAGGGUUUAAAUCAAGUCUUCCUGGCUUUAAAUCCCAUUCUGUAUCCACUAAUUCAUGCUACCUCUUUAUUUCUUCCAAGUAGCUUAAAGGUAUUAAUUCAUACCUAUUUAGAAAAUUAUUAACUUAGCGAAUAGGAGAGGAAAUCAGAAUGAAAGAUUUGGGAUUCAUGAAAUCAAUUCUCUGUUACUUGUUUUGGGAGUGGACCAAGUGCUUUGGAGUUAUCCUGUCUUUUUGUCCCCUUCUGCCACUUCUCAGGGGUUUGGCCAAACCAGAAGAGAUGGCCAAACUCAACUCUGUUGGUUCUGCUGUUCUUUGGCAGAUACACUGUAGUUUGUUGUCAUUGUUUUUCAUUUUUGCUUCAAAUGAGGAGGGAGGAGUUUAAAACUACUGGCUAAAAUGGGAUUUGUGGAAUGUCUUACAGAAUUUUCUUCUCUUGCUAACCUUUCUUCCUUCUUACCACCACACCCCAUCCUAAAUCCCAGUGGUUUGGAUUUGUGUUCACUUACCUAUCAAAUAAAUCCUUUUAAUAGGGUCAAGUUUAAGUCGUCCCACAUUUAUAAAUGCUCCUUCCAAUUGGGAGAAUUUGAGCUAACAGGCUUUUACAGAAUUGCUUGGUAAGUGAAUGAGUGAUUAAUCCAUGGAUGGCCUAAAGUUACCCCUAAAGAAAUUCAAUGAACUUCAGUAAUUAUGCUUCAUUCCUUAGUCCAUUCUUUCACCAGAGGCAGCCCCACAGAAGAACAAGAAGCUUUUAUCUUGAGUCCUGGAGGAGAAAUGGGAAUAGCCUGCAAGGUUUUCCCUACUGAGGGCUUUUCUUCCUUCCCUAGAAAUGUCUAUGUGAAAAGGAAAUGAAUGUAUAGCCAUCUCUGGUUUUGUGUGUAGUGUGUAUUGAUGUAUGUUUAUUCCUGCAUUCUUACAGUUGAUCAGGCUCUGUUAAAAAUAACACUCCGCCUAUCAAUGCUUCCGUCCUAAGGUAGGGGUGGAGGGGCUGUGUGUGCUCAGGGAAUUGGUCAUGGGGGCUCAGGUCCUUUCCCCCAUUGGUGGCUCAUUUUGAUUGACUGCAGAGUGGUCCAGAAUCACAGCUGUGCCAGUCACCACUCCAAUAAUCCACGUGAAAAGGACUUGGUGGCCCCUUUUCAAUUCUAUCAGUUUUUGGUGAGGAAAUAAAUGAGCAUCCAUCCAUGCAACCCCCCUCUCCCCUAAUCUGAACUGUAAAGAUCAUAAUUCAAUACUUCCAUGGACCUGUGAUCUCAUCAAUGUUGGGUCCUCCCUCUAGCAAUACUGGUCCCAAUCAAGUCAUGACCACCCAUUCUGUGGGAUUCUGUCCUGUGAUUCCGAUUCAGGGAAUCCUCCCGACAGUACUGAAAGGAUACCUCCAGAUUCCUCAGCACCCCCUUGGACCCAAUGGAAAGCAUGCAGGCUAUGCUCAACAUGGAGCGAGUAGUACCAGUAGGCUGACCAUUUGGUGAUGAAGUCUUUCACCAUGGCAACCCAUGAGGUCUGAGCUUUCCAAGUUAGAUCAUCCCUUGCAAAGAAGCGUGUAGAAGAAGAGUUGGUUCCAUUUAUAAAAUGAUUCACUGUGAUGCAUCUAAAAAGAAAUCUGCACUUGUGAAUUUGAAAUAAAAUUUCAUUUCUGCUCAACUUUUUUUGUACACAUCCCUUCUGGACAAGAGAAGUGCAAUUGCAUUUGGUACUCUGGAGUGGGGAGGAAGGGAGAUUGCAAAAGAAACUGAGGAUCCUCAGACCAUAGUUUAGAGCAACCACACUGUACUUGAUGACUUGAUAGCCACCUCUGUCUAGGAGCCAGACUGAGCUUAGCCACUUCUGAUGAGAGCCACCACGCCACUGGCCAAGGGCUAAAGCCUUUAGAACCAGCACCAGCAAAAGCCAAUCACUAACCAAAGGUCCACAAGCCUUUGCGCACAGCUUCGAUUCAGCAUCUCCUUGGGAAUGAAUUUUACCACCACUGCACCUGCCACCCAUUGGGUCAUUGGGUUAUGACAAAGCCUGAUUGCACGUUUCCUACACGAAUGGUGUAGUCAAGUGGGUUCUGGUUUUGUUUUUGUUCUUAAUAUGUACAAGAAUGAAUUGACGCUAACCAGCAUCUCUCUGCACAUGGAACUUUAAUUGCAAUCAUAAAUUUUAUGAAAUGAAAUCUUUUAUAGUUGUGAAAUUAGUAGCAAAGUUUUCGUGUCUGUGACGAACACAAAGUCUAGCUUCCUGAGAUUGUUUCAGUUUGGGUUCCACAAGUUCUAGGUUUUGUUCCACUCUCUGCUCCUCUCCCAAUAAACUAAAACAUUUUACACUUUGCAUAUUUUGUACUGUAAAUCUUGGAAAAUAAACAGAUCCUAAAUA